AUGGAAAAUAAUCCAAUAACAUUUCACGUUCAUCUACCAACAAAUAUAGAUAAACUUGGAAAUCCUAUUAUUCUUGGGGAUGGACCAGAAUUAGGAGAAUGGAAGAAACCUAUAGUAAAACUUCAUAAACCAUAUAUUAAUCAUCCUACUUAUUGGCAAUCUGACCCUAUCGAUUUUUCUAAUACACAAAUUUUAGAAAGAAGUUAUACUUAUUCAAUUAAUAUUCCUUCCACUCUUUUAUUUUUAGAAGAAUCUAAAAUUAUAAGUGAAGGUUGUUAUAAUGAUGGUAAAAGACGUAAAUUAAAUAUUAAUGAAAAAAAUCAUUAUGAUAUUUGGAUUAAUGGAAAUAAUCCUGAUUUAAAAAAAUAUCAAAUUGAUAAUAAUAAUAUUGAAGAUUAUGUUUUCGUUGAUUAUAUUUAUAAUAAUAUAAGAAAUCAUAAUUUAAAACAAAGUAUUUUAGAAUAUAAAAGAUUAUUAUUAUUAUAUAAGGAUCUUACAAUUAAAUUUUCAGAUUUAAAUUAUAUAAUUAAAGAAAGUAUUAAAGAAAAUACUUUUAAAGAACAAAGAAUUUUUUUAUCAUUACUUUUAGGUUAUCAUAUUAAAAAAGAAAAUUCAAAAUCUCAAUUUAAAUUACCUAUAAAUUUUCAAUCAAAUUUAUUAAUUCAAUCUUUUAAAAAUUAUAAAAAAGAUAUUUUAUCGAAUGAUGAUGAUGAAGAUGAUGAUCAUCACAUUAUAAAUAAGGCUUUAUUAUGUUUAAUUCAACAUAAUUCUUCACAAACAAAAUUGGAUUGGCUCAUAAUUUUUAAUAUUAUAAAAGAAUUUGAUCCGAAUUAUAAUUUUUUAAAUAAUUUAAAAGAAGUUAAAUUUGAUGAAAAAUAUUUGAAAGAAAUCAAAUCUCAUAUUAAUAAUGAUGUAGAAUUAUUUGAAAAUAAAUUAAAAAUUCUUCAAUGGUUAUUAAAAUUAUGUAAAAAUAUGGAAUCCAUUUUUCAAGUUUGGAAUAUUUUACUUAUUAGAAAUAAACAAAUUACUCAAUAUUUUAUUAAUAGAAUUCAAGAACUUAUUUCUAAUAGUGAUACGAUUACUUUAUUAUAUCAUCAUACAAAUAUACCAAAAGAUUUUCAUGAUCGUGUUUCUUAUCUUUUUAGAAAAAGAAUUUUAAACUUACUUAGUAAAAAGGAUAAAUCUUGGGAAAAUCCAAAUCUUAUCGCUUUAAUGGAAAUUUUUAAAUUUGAUGAUUUAAAAUGGAAUGAUGAUGAUAUUUUAACUUGUUUAGAAUCAAUUUCAAAUUCUCAUAAUAAAUUAUUAUUAGAAAAUUUUCCAAGAAUUUUAUAUUAUUGGUUACAUAAAGGUUUUUACGAUAAAAGUGUUCCAACAAUUUGUAGAAAUUGGAUAAAAUUAUUAUUACUUAAAUUAGGUAUUAAAAAUACUCCGGAAGAAGAAAGUAGACACGCGAUCAGCAUAUUUCAAUUAUUAGAUUAUAUUUAUCCUUUUAUUUGUAAAAGAAUUGAUAUUUGGAAUGAUAUAUCAUCCAUUAUAUUAGAUAAGAUGAAAGAUUAUUCAGAUUAUUGUAUUUUGGGUGCGACGAAAUCUAUGAUGAAAUUAAAAGAACAAGAUAUUAAAAGAUUAUUUAUCGAAAUUUCCAAAGAAAGAUUAAACAAAUCGGUUAAAAAAGUUAAUGAUCAAUUAAUGGAUAUGAUAAUUAUAAUUUGUGGUUAUGAAAUUGAAACAUUUAAAUUUCCAUUGGAUAUUCCAAAUACGAUGUGUGAAGAUAUUUUAUGUUAUAUCAUGUUCUUAUUACAAAAUCAGUCGAACAAUCAGUCGAACGUAUCGUCUACCGUAUCGCCGACCGUAUCGUCGACCGUAUCGUCGACCGUAUUGUCGACCGUAUUGUCUAAUAAUCAGUCAACCGCGUCAACGACCGCAUCUACGUCUACGACCGCAUAUACGACCGCAUCUACAUCAAUGACCGCAUCGACUGCAUCAACGACCGCAUCAACAUCAAUGACCGCAUCGACCGCAUCAACGACCGCAUCUACAUCAACGACCGCAUUAACGACCGCAUCUACAUCAACGACCGCAUCUACAUCUACGACCGCAUCUACUGAAUCUGAAGAAUAUUUGUUCAUUCUUAAAUAUAGUAAAUUUUGGAAAAUUAUUUUAACCGCUACCGGGAACGUUGAAAAACUUGAACAAAAUUCAUAUAUUCAACAUAUUAAAAUGUCUAUUUAUGAACUUUAUAAUUUAUUAUUGGAAAAAAAGAUAAAUAUAAAAUUAUUAAAAGAAAUUUUAAAAUAUUCAGAUGAAUAUUUAUCAAAUCAUUUUAAUAUGAUAAAAGAUGAAAUUCUUGUUAUUAGAAUAUUAUAUGAUGAUCAUUUAAUUAGAUUGGAACAAUUAAAAAAAUUUUAUCAAACAUUUUGUACGUCAAAAAAAGUAAAUGACGUAAAUGAUUAUAUUAAAGAUAUACAACAACAAGAAUUACAAUUAGAUAAAGUAAAAUUAUAUCAAAUAAUUAAAUCAAAUUAUUGGAAAUUUCAUGAUAAAAUUUUAUUAAGCGCUGAAAGAUGUUAUGAAUUUAUUAAUUUUCAAACUUUUAAAAAUGUUUUUGAAAUUUAUUUACAAAAAGAUAAUAAUACUAUUAUAAAUGUUGAAUAUAUAGCAUUAAAAUUAAUUCCUUCAGUUUUUAAUUAUUAUACUUCUAUGUGUAAAAAAUUUAAGAAUUAUGAAAAAAUUGGAAGUUAUGAUGCUUUAUUAUUUUGGAAAAAUAUUAAGAAUAUUAAUGAAGAAUUUGAUUUAAAUAAGGAACUUUAUCCUCAAAAAAAUUUAAAACUUUUACAAAUUAUAGAAAAUCUUUUAAAAUUUCCUAAAAUGUUGGAAAGAUUUGAAUUAUUGGAAAAAAUUGAAAAAAUUUUACAAUUAAAACGAAUGGAAAAUAAUUGGAUAUCAAAAUCUAUUAAGAAUUUAAAAGAUAAUUCUUUAUUACUUGAAAAUGUUAAUUCAUUUAUUGAUCAUCUUGAAAAGAAUUUUAAUAAAAUUAAUGAAAAUUGUUGGAUUUUAAUAAAAGAAUUAUCAAUGAAUUCAAAGAAUUUCUUGGAUUUUUUAACAAUAAUUUCUGAAGAUGAAAUUAAAAAUUUGAUUAAUAAUAUUAACGAUGAUGACGAUCAAAUUCUUAUUCAAGAGGAUAUGAUUUUUUCUUUAAUUCAAAUUAAACAAAUUUUUUAUCCAAUCAUUAACAAGAAAAUGAAAAAUGUUGUUGAAUUUUUGGAAGAAUUAUCAAUUAUUAUUAACAAGGAUCCUAGUUUAAUUAAUAAGUUCAUUUUGUGUAAUAAUAAUGAUGAAUUACAAAAUUUUUAUCAUAACGUUUCAAAUAUUGAGGAAAUUAAUACGAGAAAGAUUAAAAAGAUCAUUUCUGAUGGAAUUUUUCUAUUUUUUUAUGAUGAGAAAAAUCAUAAAUGUUCAAUUAUACUUAAUAAUACUUACGAUCUAUAUUAUAUUUUGAAAUUAAGAGAAAAAGUUGGUUUAAUGAAAAAAUCAAAAGUUACAAAUGAUUUCAUUGAUUUAAUUGAUAUUAUUCAAAAAAUCAUCAAUGUUACCACUAAAUUAAUACGAAAUGGUCAUUUUAAUUAUCAAAAGUUUGAAAAGAAAAUAAAAGGAGCGGAAAAUAUUAAAGGAUUUCUUAUAUUCUUAAAUGACGAUUUAGAAAAAUGGAAUAAUAUAGUGAAUAAAGUUCAAAAAAAUUGUUAUUAUUUAACGCUCUUUUCUCCUAAUCAAAUCUUGGAAUUUUACGAUUAUUUCUCGUCGGAAAACUUGGAUAAAGAAAAUGAACAAAGAUGCAAGGCGUUGAUUAAAUUCGUAAAUAGUAACGCUCAAUUACCAUCUCGUAAGGAAAUAAAAAGAAUCUCACGUGUAUCGAACGAUUAUUUUGGUCUACUUUGUGAAAUUGGUUAUAGAUUGGAAAAUAUUUUUAAAAAUCUUCCAAAACAAUGGCAAAUAAUUCAACAAGAAGUAAUUCCUGAUGAUAUUAUUAAAGAUAAUAGAUUAUUUAUUACCGUUUAUGAUGAUAAAUCUUUAAUUCCAAGUAUAAUAAUGUCAUUAUAUGUUAAUAAUGGUUAUUAUCCUGAACCAUGGCAACUUUUAUUAUGUACUUCUUCAACUACAAUUGAGGAGAUUGGAAUUUUUAUUAAAAGAUGUUUCUUCGCUUCAGAUAAUGGUUAUAGUAAUAAUUUAUUCUGUAUUGUUAAUAUAGAAUCUUUGGAUUUUGAUUCACAAUAUAAUUUAAUAAAUUAUAUUAAAGAAUUGGAAUAUAGAAAUGAAAAUUAUCAAUUAGUACUUUUAUGUCAUCGAGAAUCAGGAAAAUCUCAAUAUAUUUUGGAUCAACAUUCUUUGGAAAUUUUGGAGAUAAAUGAGAUAAAUGGGUUGAAUAUUGAAAUGAUGCAAGAUAUUUAUCGAGAAUUAUGUCCAAAAGUUUUAUGCGUUUCUUCAGAUUUAUCCGGUCAAGGAAAAACUGAAUGGAUUAAAGAUAAUAGUUUUUCUAAACAAAAAUUUUCUCGUAAUUUCUUAAUUAGUGAUAAUAUGAAUUUUGAAUAUCUUUUAAAUAAUCUUAAAGAAUAUAAUCUUAAAGAUAUAGAAAGUUUACAUAUUAAUAUUUUAUCAACUGAUUAUCCGGAUGAUGUGAAUUUAUUCUUAUUCGAAUUAUUAACUUUUAAGAUUGUUUCUUAUAAAAAUUUGAUCGUUUCUAUUCCGGAAACUUUUAUUUAUAUUGAAAUAGCAUCAUCAGUAAAACAAAAAUUACUUAAUUGUCUUCCUAUUUUAAAAUUCUUACCUUUUAAACAUUUAUCUUGGAAUAUAGAAAAUUUUAAAAUUUCACAAGAAAUAUCAAGUCCAAUUCAAAUUGUAUGUCAUUAUUUAAAUUCAUGUGAUUUUGGGGAAAUUGAUAAGAAAGAGAUCAUAUUUAAUAAUUUAAAUCCUUUAUCGGAAGAAAUUUGUCGAAAUCUUAUUAUGAGAUAUUUUUUCAAAGAUGAUAAUAAUAUUACUUCAUUUAGAAAUAUUGAGAUUUUUGUUAACGUCUUGGCUGAUCAAUUAAUUAGAUUUUCAUCAAGUACAAUGAAUAAUCUAAAAUUGAGCGAAUCAAACGAAUCAAACAAUUCAAACGCGAGCGUGAGAGGAACAAGAGGAACAUCAAAUAUUAGAUCAAUCAUAGUUAAAUCAUUAAUAAAAGUUUCAAAGGAUUUUGCAACUAAAUUCAAGGAGACAUCUAUAAUGGACGAAGAUAAAAGCGCUCAUCUUGAUCACGCGGAUCAUAAAAUAAUGUUUUUUAAUUCUCGAGAAUUUAAUUCUUUUACUAUUUUAUAUCAAGAUAAGAAUAAAAUUCCUGAUAAUAUUAAAUUAUUAUUAAAGAGUCAAGCAAUUAGUGGAGAUUUUGAUGAUUAUAAUACUAUGUUUUCAAAUGAUAUUUUAACGAAAUUAGAAGGAAUGAAAUCGGAAUACGUCUUAUCUAGUGAUAAUUUGAUAAAGAUGGCGGUAAUACUUUUAAGAGUAAAUGCGAACGUUCCGGUUGUUAUCUGUGGUGAAGCGGGAUGUGGAAAGACAAGUUUAAUUGCACAUUUGGCUUUGAUGAUAAAAGUUCAAUAUCGAUCUCUUAAUCUUUAUGAUGGAAUCGAAGAAGAAACUAUAGUAAACUUUAUAUCGGAAGCUUUGAAAAAAUCAGAAAAAGAAGAAAUUUGGUUAUUAUUUGAUGAAUUUAACACAUGUAAUUAUUUAGGUUUACUUGCGGAUUUAAUAUCUAAUAGAAUGUUUCGGGGUAAACCGAUAAGUUCAAAUAUUCGAUUAUUCGCUUCCUGUAAUCCAUACCGUCCUCGCGUUCAAAAUGAAGAUGGUCGUGUAACAAACGUUAAAAAGUACAAAGAAAGAGGCGAUCUUAUUUAUCAGGUCAAACCACUUCCCGAACAAAUCUCAGAUUAUUUAUGGAAUUAUGAUAUCCUGAAACCAAAAGAUGAAUGUAGAUAUAUUCAAAUUAUGGUUAAAAAUGAGUUAAAAGAAUUAUCACAACCUAUACUUGUCGAUUUAAUAUCCACUUCUCAAAAUUUUAUACGAAAAGUUGAAGAACCAUAUAGUGUUAGUUUACGUGAUGUGAAACGAGUUAUAACAUUAGUAAAAUUCUUUUAUAAAUCCCUUAAUAAUCGUCCAACAUAUAAAAAAGGACAUAAAUACCCAUCAAAUGAAGGUCCUAUUUUAAUAUAUAGAUCCUAUGUUUUAGCAUUGAGUAUUUGUUAUCAUUCUAGAUUAUGUGAACAAGAUUUACGUAAACAAUAUCGUUACGAAAUAGGUCAAAUAUUUCAAAAUCAUAAUAUUUAUAUGGGAGAAAAACUUUUUACUAAAAUCAUUCGGGAAGAACAAGAAGAUUAUAUUAAUAGGAUGCAAAUUUCAAAUAAUAUAGUUAAAAAUGAAGCUUUACUAGAGAAUAUUUUGGUUAUGACUGUUUGCAUAUUAAAUAAAAUUCCUAUCUUUGUUAUUGGAGAAACGGGGUCCUCUAAAUCUUUGGCUCUUCGUUUAAUAAGUUCGAAUUUACGUGGAUCAGAGUCUAAUGAUGAUUACUUUAAAUCUUUACCGAAAGUUCAUAUUAACCCAUAUCUAUGUUCUUCGAGUUCCACUAUGGAUGGAAUUUCCAAGAUUUUUGAAAAAGCUAAUAAAUACCAAGAAACAAGUUCCGAUGUUAUUAACGUAGUAUUGCUCGAUAAUGUUGGAUUUGCUGAAUCAAGUUCUUCGGAUCCAUUAAGGUUACUUCAUACUUUACUCGAACCAAAUUAUCCAGCAACGGGACCAACUGUAUCAUUUGUUGGGUUAUCCAAUUGGCGUUUAAAUAUCGUUAAAAGUAGUCGAGCGUUACUUGUACAAAGUCCUCGGUUCGAUCUAGAUGAUUUAGUAGAUAUAUCUGAACACUUUUUAAAUACCAAUAACAUUGAAUCCAGUAAAAUUGGAAUUAUAGAAACCUUGGCUAAAUCAUGUUCGGAUUAUGAACAACAAUGUCAAGCUUUACCCAAUUUCUACGGUCUUCGAGAUUAUUACUCGUUAAUUAAAAGACUUUCAUCAAAUGAAUUUACGUUAGCGGAUACUCAAAUGGCAUUGGCUCGUAAUUUUGGUGGAUUAGAAAAUAAUAUCAAAUUAUGGGAAAAAUAUUUUAAAAAUAUCGUUAAAAUAUUAUUUGAUGAUGAUAAGAAUUAUUCAUGGUCUUUUAAACCGAUACAAUUAAUUAAGUCAAAUUUGAAUGAUCCUGAUUCACGUCAUUUGAUGAUUAUCGGUAAAAGUGAAGCAACCCUAAGUUUAUUGGUUAAUCAACUACAAAAAAGCGGAAUGAAUCCACUUGUAAUUAUAGGUUCACAAUUCCCUGAUGAUAGUAAAGAUUAUUAUUGUGAUGUUUUGAAAAAAAUCAUUGCGUGUGUUGAAACAGGAAACCCAUUAAUUCUUACAGAUUUGGAAAUGGUUUACGCAAGUCUUUAUGCCUUAUGGGAUAAGAAUUAUAUCGAGGUAAACGAUAAACAUUUGUCACGUGUCGGACUAGGGGCAUGUUCCAACUCUAUGUUUUACGUUCCAUCAAAAUUUAAAUGCAUUAUUGUAAUGGACGAGAAAAAUCUAUCUUCAACUGAUCCAUCACUUCUCAACCGAUUUGAAAAACAUACAUUAUCAUUUAACGAUGUUCUUGACGAAAAACAACAAUCACUUAUUCGGGAAUUGAAAGAUUGGAUAGGGCAAAUGUAUACUUUUAGAAAUGAUCCUACGAUUCAAUUACAUACUAGUAAAUUUGCACUUUUCUUCGGUUUUGAUAAGGAUGAAUCGUUACAAACUUUAGUAUUAGAAAAUACAAAAGACAAUCGUUACACUAAUCGGGAUGAGAUUUUAAUGAAGUGCAAGGAAAGGUUAAUUUCAGUAUUAUCUUCGGAUGGAGUUUUAAGGAUUGAACGAUCAGCUUUAGAAAGGGACGAAAUUACCACGCUAAAGGACAUUUAUUUUUGUCAACAAUUUCAUGAUGAUCUUUGUGAUUAUUUCGAAUCUUUAUUUAAUAUAAAAAAUACUAUUGGAGGAGAUUUAGUAAUUGUCAAUACAUUCUCUGAUUUAAACGUGGAUAUCGAAUCUUGUUUAGGAGAAAUUGCAAGUUGUCAAAUAUAUAAAUUAUCAAUUUUCAAGACCGAAGCACGACUUUCAGAACGAGUGAAAGAUUUCUUUUUCAAAUCGGACGAUCAAAUAUUAAUUAUUCAAUGUGAAGCAACAACAUUAACAAAUUCAAGAUAUAUUAAAUUAACAAAAUCUAUUAUUGAAAAGUAUCAUAAUGAAUAUUUAAUUAAUAGAGGACCUACGAAAAUUGUAUGUUUAAUAAAUCAUAUUAGAAGAGAUUAUGAACGAAAUUUAAUAUCAAAUUUCAUACCUGGAUGGAAACAAAUUACGAUUGAAUCAUUGGAACAAUGUGAUAUAAAAUUAAAUAAACUUUAUGAUAAAUCAUUAUAUGAUAUAUUAAAUUCAAAAAUAUUUAGAAAAUUAAUUACUUCUAGUAUGCCAUUUGAAAAAUUUUUAAAAGAUAAAUUAGGAUGGUGUUUUUCUUGUAUCAAGUAUCCGACCUCUAACGAAAAUUAUAUCAGCGUGAUAAGCAAAGAAAUUUUACGUAAUGAAAAUUUAAGUCAAUACAUCAAAACAAAAACCUUUAAUUGGAUUUCAGAAAAUUGUAAUGAUUGGAAAUAUGAAGUAGCCAAAAAUCAAGAUUAUAUAAAUCAAUUCACAUGUUUUUCACUUGCAUUACAAAAUUAUGUGAUGAUAAUUCUUAAAAAUACCAUAACAAAAAUAUUAUAUUCAAUUGAAAAAUUAUCAGCAACAAAAACUUUUUUCAAUCUUGAAAAUUGUUUAGAACAUGAAAAGAAAAUGGAAUUAUUAGAAUUAUGGAAACAAUGUUUUUUGGAUAAUACAAUUAUAAAUAUUAAUAAUUUAUCGGAACCAAAUUCUAAUAAAUAUAUAAUAACAUCAAUGAUUAAAGAACUUGAAUUUCCAUUUUCUUAUAAUUUUUUUAAUCAAAUUAAUUUUUAUAAAAUUUAUUAUGAAGAAGAAUUAAAUAUAUUAAAACAAGAUUUAGAUAAUAUUGAUGAAGAAACUGGAGAAUUACGUACAAAAUUAGAAGAUGAUCAUAUAGAAGAAUUUAAGAAUAAUUUAUUAUCAAUCAAACCAAAUUUUAUAACAUUACAAAAAUAUUCAGAAUUAUAUUAUAAUGAUUUUAUUAAAAUAAUAUCUCAUAAUAUAAAAAAAUUGAUUAAAAAAGAAGAAUUAGAUUUUAUUAUUGAAAAUAUAAAUGGGGAAGAAAUAAGUUCUAAUCCAUUCUUACUUCAUAUUUAUUGGUGGAAACAUUCAGAAAGUAUUUUAAUUCAAUUAAAAUUAAUUGAAAAUUUUCCAAUAAUAUUUAAAAAAGCUAAAGAAGAUUUUAUAAAAUACGGUGAACUUGAAGAAUUUCUUUUUAAAGAAUCGAUUAAUCUUAUAUUACAAAAAAUUUGUUAUAAAGAGAAAUGUGAAAAAGAGAUUGAUAUCUUAUUAACUUUAAUUAAAAAAUUAAAUAAUACGAAAAAAUUAUCAAGACUUCCUUUAUUAUAUAUAUGUAAUGAUUUAUUAAAAAUCAAAUUAAUUCCAUUGGAUAAAAUCAAAGAAAUAAUUUAUUUAGGAAAAGGGAAAAAACAAGAAUUUAUUACAACAGAAAUAAUUGAUUUGAUAUUUAAUCAUUUAGAUUAUAAUUAUAAUAAUGAAAUAAUUAUAAAUAAUAUAAGAUCUUUUAUAUUAAGAAGUCUUGAAAUUAUUCCAUUAGAAUCAAAAGUUCGAUUAAAUCUUUAUAAAAAUUUAUUUAUAAGAAAACCUUUUAAAUUAAUUAAAGAAAUAAUAGAAAAAAUAUUCAUUACAGAAAAUCAAGUGGAAGAAGGAAUAUUUUUCAAUUUAAUUAAUAAUCCUAAACAAGGAUUAAAAAAAUCAAUUAGAUUAAAUGCAAUUAAUGAAUUUUUUGAAAUUCAAAAUUUUGAUAAUAAUAUGAUUGAAAUUUGUUGUGAAAUAAUUCAAGAAAUUUUUAAUGAUUUUGAAUUAAAAAAAUUGAUUCCUUAUUUUAAAAAUUCGGUUGAAAUUUUUAUAAAAAAUUCAAAUUUUCAACGUAUGAUUUCAGUAGCAUUUCUUAAAGAAUUUUCAUUUAAAUUAUUGGAUUAUUGUAAGAAGGAAGAAAAUAUUUUAUCAAAAUCAUUAAUUAAUGAUAUUAAUAAUUGUUUAAAAAUCAAACAUCCAAAUAUUAGAAAACUUCAACAUUGUUUUUUAAUUCAAAAAUCACGAGUUACAAUAAGUUUGAAUCAAAUCAAAGUAUUAAGAAAUAUUUUUCCAUGGAUUGAAGAUGAUAUUGAUGAUGAAUUAAUUAUUAAUAUUCCAAAAUAUUAUAACCCGAUUAGAAAAGUGAAAUUUGAAGAUUUUCGUUCUUUUUAUUAUAGUGAAUUCAAAUAUAAUUUAGACAAUCAUCCAUUCUUAUCGAUAUAUUUUAAUCAUUGUGAAAAAUUAAAACUUCUCAAACAUCUCCAACCAAUCAUUAAAUUCGUAAUGAUUUUAAAUUCAAAACUUGAAUAUAAUUUAACAAGAAAAUUGGCUCAUACAAUGACAUUUCGUGAAUUUAUUGAAAAAGAAUCUUCUGGUGAUACUUUAAAUUUAAAAUCUUUAUAUGAUGAAUUUGAAUUAAGUUGGAAUAUUGUAAUUAAUCAUAUAAUUGAUUCUAAAGAAUUAUCUCAUGAUAAACCAUUAAUGGAUAUUAAAAGACCUAUUAUUUUCGGUUUAAUUGAACAAAAAAAUUUAGGAAUUUAUUUAUGUACGAUUUUGGAAUCUUUAUUAAGAUUACAAAAUGAAUUUUUGGAUAAUGUUAUUAAUAUUCCAAAUUUAUUUGAUUCUAAAUCAAUUAAAGUUAGUCAAGCUCAAGAUAUUAAUUUUAUUAAUUUUGAAGGGGACGAAAAGAUUAUUUCACGAUAUAGUCAAAGAAUUUUUGAAGAUGAAACAAAAUUUUUCUUUGAUUUACAACAAAUUGAAAUGUUACUUAUUAAAGAAUUAGUUAAUAAUAAGGUUCAUUUUGAAAGAUUAGAAGAGAAUCAAUUUUAUUUGAAAAAUUUUACUUUUAAAAAUGAAUUAUUUUAUAAUUCUCCAAGAAUUCUUUUUGAUGUGAAAAAAUCAUUACCACAAGAACCUAUCGUGGAAAAAACGACCUUAGUUUUAACAAUGUUUCAACCAAUUCUUACUUUAAAUCCUGGAAAUUCAAUUGAUUUAUUUGAAUUACUUUCAAUCUUUGAUAUAAUUCUUAGUUUUAUAAAAGAAUUAUCUAUUAGUCAUAGUGAUAUGCUUAUAAUGGAUUUUGUUAAUCAAUGGUUAAAAUUAGCGAAACUUGAUACUUCAAAAUAUAAAAUAUUUAGUGAUUUUUCAUUAAAACAUAUUGUAGAAUUAUAUGAAUUAAUUGAAGAACAAAAUGUUAAUAAUUCAAUAAUUCAUAAUAUUAAUGAUAAAUUUAAAGUUACUUUAUCUCAACAAAUGAAGAAAUCUAUUAAUAAUUUUAUAGAUUACUUUGAUCAAGAUGAUGAUUUAAUUCCUGCUACAGAAUUUUUACUUGCUUUAAAAAGAUUUAUUUAUAGAUUUUUAUCAAUUGAUACAACAACAAAUAUUGAAAAUAUAAAUUUAAAUAUUUUUUUCUUAGAUUUUACUUUAAAUUUAUGGCCAGAUUAUAUUAAGAAAGAUUUGAUUGAAAAUUUAUUUCCAAAUUGUUUAUUGGUAUCUCAUACUUAUAAUUGUUAUAUUUAUAUUAUUAAUGAAAUUGAGGUUGCAGGUAUUGUUGAUGAUGUAGACGUUGAAGGUGUAGAUUUUGAAGGUGUAGGUAUUGAAGGUAGAGGUAUAAUUAAAAUGGUUGAUUUGGUUGGAAUUGAAGGUGGAGAGCACCCGGGACAUCCAAUUUCACUACAACAGAUCCCACAACAGCCAAACACACAAGAAGCACAAGACCAUUACAAUCCCAUCCGUACCACAAUAACACAAUCAAUACCCACCGCCGGUUAA